UAUUUCAAUAGGAUUUGUUGGACUGAAGACUCUCAUAUCAAUUCAGUACUUCUCGCUACGAAAGAGCGUAAAUGGCUUCAGAUAUUAAUAAUGCGUUACCACGACACUCAGGUCAGCCCACUCUUUUACAUUUAUAUGAAUAAAUAUGGAAUCAAAUUGAUUGCAGAUAUAGUGCUUCCAGUUCUGAAGAAUAUAGAUGAAAAAAGUAUGUUCGCUAAGCAUUUCAGGGCAGAAAUGAUAAAUACUGCCACUUCGGGUUGUAAGAUUAUAUUUUUAUUUGCACCGAAGUUUAUUCAACCUUAUGUAUUCCAUGGUGCAUAUUUGACUGGCAUCUCUUCGUUGCAUGGUUUUCAAUGGGUGUUAUUUGGUGAAUAUGCCAGGCAAUUUCCAUUUGAUGAUGAGGGAGUAUGCAACGGUACAGUAAAAUGCACACAUGCAUUUGCAGGUACAAAUUUGUUUAGUGAACAAUAUAAUAUAAGCGGCUAUAGUUCAUCUAACUGGUUUCGCAUAUUCGGUAAUUGGUUUGCAGCCGACAAAACUAUAUACAAAGGCGGUAGUGUAAGCUACAGACCCAACUAUAUUGGUGCAAGAAUGGGGCUUGGAUACGAUGCUGUGCAUCUUUAUGCUGCCAUGCUGGCGAAAAUCAUCGGACAUCAAGUGACAGCGACCGGAGAACAACAAGUUGCUGAAUUACGAAAAGUGAAAAUUCAUGGCUUGACUUCUUAUCUGCAACUUGAUAAACAUGGGAACCGUAUUGGCUACUUCGGGUCUUUAGCUCAUAUAAAUCCUCGUUCAAAUCGGACAGGUUCAGGUGAAGAAAGAGUCACAGAAUUUAUAAGGUACUUCCAAAAAAUCAACAACACUGCCCAGCUAGAAAUACCAUAUUCUGCAAAGGGGGAUUACCAAGGAUUUGACAUUGAAGCUCCACUCACACUACCACAUUCUACUCGAUAUAACUUACGUCGAUAUUGGUCACAUUCUGGCAUGAUUGAUAUAAUCACACAGAGAUUGAUUAGAAAUCCCCGAGAAAUUUGGCCUCCAGUUAAGAUAAUGAGGACUGAAAAGGUCGUACCACCUUUCUUUUGCAAAAAGCCGUGCGGGAGAAAACUGGUAAGCCCCGAGGAUGUAACUAUUUUCGACACUGGUACAUGUAUUUCAAAAGACAAAUGCGAAUGCAAACAUGGGUACCAAGGAGCAAAAUGUCAUAUAAUGGAGUGUGACUGUGAGAACGGUCAUUGCAUAGAACCAAGAGAUUGCAUAUGUAAAGAGGGUUAUACUGGGACCUACUGCGAGAAGGCAAAUUGCACCAAAUGCAAAUAUGGGACAUGUUCCAAACCGUUUGAGUGUCGUUGUCACACAUGGAUUUACACAUGGAAAUACUGUGAUAUGCAUGUCGGAUACAUCGUAUUAAUAACUGUUGCAGUUAUUUUAAUAUCAAGCUUCUUCAUGUAUUUAAUUGUUACAAAAUUAAUAGAACACAGGCAAAAACGAGCAGCUCUCGCUAAUACUGACUGGAUUGUCGAUUGGUCAACUGUUGAAAUAUAUGAGACAAGUCAUGUGUCAUUUCCUUAUUACAGCAGAUGUGCAUCCAUGAUUCAGAGACACAGAUGGAAAGAACAAGAAUGGUAUGUAAAAUUCAUUCACAGUAAUACAAUAGAUAGCAAAAAUGAAGCUCUUAUUCUCGAAAUGGUUACCUUGAUUAAACUUAGACACGAGAAUCUUAUUCAAUUUGGUGGUGCUUGUCUGGUGAAACCUAACGUCAGUCUGUUUGUCGAAUUCCUUGAUAAGGGAAGUCUAAAAGAUAUUUUAGAAAAUGAAGCAGUAGAUAUUGGAUGGGAAUUCCGGUUCUCCUUUCUGAAAGACAUCUGUCGUGGUAUGGAAUUUAUUCACGACAAAACAGAUAUCAAGUCCCACGGCCGUCUGAAAUCUUCAAACUGUUUAUUAAAUAAUCGGUGGACAGUACGACUCACUGGUUUUGGAGCACAUAUUAUUCGUUUUGGGGAGAAGAGGAUUCAUAUUGAGAAAACAGCUCACGGCAAGAAAGAGCUUUUCUGGACUGCUCCUGAAUUGUUAAAGAAUGUUUCAGAUUUAGAUGGAAUCAAGGCGGGUACUCCACCUGGUGAUGUUUAUUCAUUCGCAAUAGUUACAUGCGAAAUUAUUACAAGAGCGCCCCCUUAUAAAUACGAACUCAAUUAUUUAUCAGUGAAAGAAAUUAUAGGUUUAAUAACAUAUGAAUCUAGCAAGGCGAUACGGCGAAUUUGGGAAGAUAUCGGUGGAAAGGACAUGCUUUACACAAGACCAAUUAUAAAAGAAGAACAUUUCCAAACAAAUAAAACAACACGUGAGUUAUUUGGCAACAUGAUUAGACAAUGUUGGCAGGAGGAACCUUUAGCGAGGCCUAUGUUCUGUACAAUUCAUCAAAUGCUUGCACAGAUACAUCCAGGGAAAGGUGAGUUUAUAGAUAAUUUAAUUUAUCGAUUGGAGACGUAUUCUAGUAGUUUAGAAGUUGUUAUUAUUGAAAGAACAAAAGAACUUGAAAAGAGCAAGGCUAGAGCAGAAAUGCUCCUUGGACAAAUGCUUCCAAGGAAAGUAGCGAACGACAUAAGAGAAGGAAACAAAAUUUAUCCAGAAUAUUUUGAAUGCGUCACUGUAUUCUUUAGUGACAUUGCCAAUUUCUCCAAUAUUUGCGAAGAGAGUAACGCAUUCGAGAUUGUGAAUUUUUUGAAUGAAACCUAUAAUGCAUUCGAUGAAGUUCUCGAUGAUUAUGAUGUUUAUAAAGUAGAAACUAUCAGUGACUCAUAUAUGGUGGUGAGUGGUCUUCCAGAGAAGAAUGAAAAUCGUCAUGCGGGAGAGAUUGCAACAAUGGCUUUAGAUCUGAUGUCAAUGGUGACCGUGUUUGAAAUACCACAUAUGCCAAAAUCUACUUUACAAUUACGAAUUGGAAUACAUUCAGGACCAGUGGUAAGCGGUGUGGUUGGUAAACUUAUGCCUCGGUAUUGUUUGUUCGGAGACACUGUGAACACAGCUUCGAGGAUGGAGUCCAGUUGUUAUGCUCUGCGAAUUCAAGUGAGUGAGGCUACAGCUGGCAUUCUUGAAGAAUUAGGGGGAUAUACUUUGGAAUCAAGAGGCCAGAUAAAUGUGAAAGGGCGAGGGAUGAUGACAACUUUCUGGCUUUGGGGUAAAGACACCUUCAGAAAAAUGUUGCCGGACCAAUCUCUAGCUUUGUCGAUUUCUAAACACAAGUUCAAGUGAGAAAAUUAUAUUGGUCACAACUACCACAACACUUAUGAACUUGGCAAUGAAGACGUCGAUGUCGAUAAUUAUGUCGACGUCGUCAAUGAUUACGUUGCGAUUGGUUAUAAUGAAUACGUAAAUGAAAAACAAUAUGUUGCCGCUCAUGAUGAUGUAAAUUAUUAUUAUCCUUUCUACUGUAGGCAUAAGGCCUGAAAUGUUUAGGGGGAAGAGGAAAAUCGAUUACAUCGACCCUAGUACUCACUGGUACUUAAUUUAUCGACCAUGGUGGAAUUUGAACUCAGGACGUAGUGGCCGAGUUGUAAAUUAUGAUAAUGAUAGUGAUAACGAUGGUAUCUACUCUACGCCCAUCUGCAAAUCUGCAUUGGAAGUCGAAUGAAUUCGUAAAGGUCGACUAGUAUCGCAUAUAUGUUAAGUGCCUCAAGGUUUUACACCAUCAAGAUCUGAGCGCAUAUAUGCAUGUACCACACACACACACACACACACACACACACACACACACAUACACGCACACACAAGCUCACACACACUCAAACACUCCCUUUCUCUCUCUCUCUCUUUCUCAGUAUCUCACAUAUACCUAUAACAUGCAUACAUAGAUUAAUUUACAUAUAUUUUGGUUAACAAGUGUAUGCAAAAGCAUUGAAUACCUGUAGUUGGAGCUGAAUAUAUUCGAUAACAGUUACCAAUGUAUAUGCCGCAAUGAAAGGGCGUCGUCACUCUUGGACUCCACUAAUCCCCUAUAGAACACCAAAGUGCAACUUCCGCAGACCGGGAAAAACGCUUAGCUUCACUUCGUCCGCCUUUACGUUCUGAGUUCAAAUUCCGUUGAGGUCGACUUUGCUUUUCGUCCUUUCGGGGUCGAUAUAAUAGGCUUACUUCCUCCCUGAAAGUUUCUGGCUUUGUACCAAAAUAUCAUAUAAUAUGUCAGAUAAGACGGCCUGGUGACGUCUGCUUUCGUGCGGUCUCAAGUGUUUUGGAACAGAAUGACGUCUUCCACGUCACAUCCCAAAGUAAUUAAUGUGUGAUGUGGCAGGUUACAGUUAACUUUGCAUGUCAUGCAUCGUAGCCCUGUUAUUUAACUUUGGUUGAGUGCUGAUUUUGGAACAAAGCAUUCUCACCGUACGGAUGACCAGGGUUAAUUAAUCAUGCAUUUGUGUAUGGGCCAGGUAGGGAUCAAGUUUUCUUUCCUGUACGUCAUGGUCUACACUUUUGAAGUUUACACAAACAGGAUCCGUCUUUGAGGUUUGUUUUUCUAUCGAUGAAUAAUCGGUAAGUUGCCGUGUCUGUCAGCAGGAAAACUUUCAUAUGCAGUGUCUCAAAGGCACAGUGGUUUUGGCUGAAAUAAUUCAAAUAGUGAAAAGAACACGCACAAACACAUACACAUGCAUACAAAUUAUACGCACACGUACAUUUAAUAUUCGAAUUGUUUCAGUCAUUGGAAAACAGCCAUGUUUGGGCACCGCCUCCAAAAUCUUCAACGAACAAAACGAACUCAAAAAGUCCUUCCUAUGUCGUACGAUGCUUUGCAGAUUUUUGGGGGUAAAUAAUUCUGCCUGGACGGAACGCCGGCCCGCUUGUAGUAAAACAACAAUCUUGCUACUGUGACUGCAACACACCAUAUAUAUAUGUAUAUAUAUAUACCAGAGAAAGCAUAUAAUAUGAAACAAGGUGUAGAAAGCUAGUACUCGAAUACUGGAAGUAGAGUAAUAUGUUUUAUUAUUAAGGCGGCAAAAGCAUCACAAAAAUAUCACAAAAAUCAUAUAGAGAGAUUCACGUUCGACGAACGGGAACUUGAAACACUGAGUAGCAUUUUUUUUUUUGUGAUAGUUUUGUGACGUUUUUGCAGUUUUAAUAAUAAAGUAUAUAUAUAUAUAUAUGUGUGUGUGUGUGUGUGUAUGUGUGUGUGUGUGUAUGUGUGUGUGUGUGUGUGUGUGGAGGCGCGUGGCUCAGUGGUUAGGGUGUCAGCACCAUGAUCGUAAGACUGUGGUUUCGAUUCCUGGACCGGGUGACGCGUUGUGUUCAUGAGCAAAACACCUCAUUUCGCGUUGCUCCAGUUGGCAAAAAUGAGUUACUCUGCGAUUGACUGGCAUCCCAUCCCGUCCAGCUGAGGAACACAUACGCACAUACGCCAUUGAA